UUGAAAAAUGGAUGUGAUGGAGGCGAUUCCUCUCGAUUGGCAACUGGUUGCCCAAACUCUACUCUAUUUUACAUCUGUUGCGUUAGGUUUAGUAAUCGCAAUACCUACUGGAGUAACUACUGAUAACUUCGGAGGAAAAUGUAUCCUGUAUGGAUCAUUUGAUUGGUACAAUGCCACUGACUUCACGUACAAGUUCGGGAGCCUCAGUACUUGUAACUUCCUUAUUUAUCUGAAUGUCUUCGCAAGCAUUUUCUAUGCUCUUGCUAUGGGAAUCUACCACACAUAUGCCUUAUGCAGAAAGGACAAAACCAUUGGCACACAGAUGUGGGUGAUGCCAUUCAUUUUCAUAAAUUCUGUUGUAACCGUGGUGAUAUUCAUAGCAGCCUGUGUUGUCAGUGUAGGCUUCAGUCAGUGGUGUCAACAUUUUAUGACGGGUAAAGAAAAGAAGGCAAAUAUUCAAAGUUGUCGCGAUGGCCAGUCAUCUACGUGGGAUUGGAAAACAGCUCAUAACUCCAAGGUCUUUGCCGGGACAUAUUAUGACUACAUGACUGUAGUGCAGACCGCCUCCUGGGUCGCCUUCUUCAUAUGGCUGGCACAGUUCAUCUUCAGUGUGCUACGAAUGUUAAGAAACCGCUGGAUCCGACUGCGUGAUACCUACUAUGACGAACCUCCAGACAGAACAGCCAUUGUGGAUGAAGAACCCACCGCAUAGGUUUGAUUUGCAUGUCUUGCAUGAAAUAUAAAAUAACUUGUGUAUGCCAACUUCUAAAGGAGGAGUAGGAAGAGAUAAAGCCCUGCCAGCACUAAUGUAGUUUACAGGGUUCCCUAAUUGUGAGGAAGAUUCUUGGAUGCAUCAGAAAUGCACACAAACAUUAAACCAUCUGUGUGGCACACAUUCUGAUCUGUACCUGUAAGUGCUCUCUCCUUCUACAUGCAUAUCUCAUUGUGUAAAAUCAAAGGCCCUGGGGGCCAAAUUAACUACAGUAAAUGAAUUGCAGUCUAUGCCAGUCAGUAUUGUGGUGAAUCUCAGAUGCUUACUAGUGACACUUCGCUUGUGUAAAGUGGAGUUGCUGUUGUGUUGGUUCAAGUAUUUCCACUGGUUGGAAAACACAAAGUGCUGCCGGGGUAAAAAAGACUUUGCAAUUAGGUCUGCCCCAGUGUUGCAAAAACCUAGCAGAGAUCAUUAAUGAAGGAAGCACUAGAAUAAUCUCUAUUAUUAUUAUUUCACACUUUACAGUUUAUUUUCCUACUUUUUUAUUGACGCUUGUCUUGUGUCUUUUUGCCUUGGGUGAUUGUGUCUUAAAGAAGAAUUCAUCUGCCCAUCGACCACAAAAUAUUAAAUAUACGAGUGUUGUCAUGUGAUUACGGUACUUUAUUUGUUUUUGUUUGUACAUAAUGAUUUGUAUUAUGUUUGUGUUCAUGUACUUGUCAGUUGCAAAGUCAUAACAUGAAUGUCAUGUUUGGAUGAAUUUGAUUAGGCCAUAUCUGAAUUAAUUUCGAUAUCCUGAAUGGGUGUCCCUAAUCACAGAUAUAUCAAAUUUCUCUAUAAAUCUUCUGAAAUGUUUGUGGUGUGUUGCAUUGAAAUUCAAAUGUUGCUAAUUUGUAUGACAUGUGUUGUGAAUAGAAUAGAAUCAGAUGUGAAAUGUUUUGAUGGUUUUGAUGGUUAGAUAAAUAUUAAGAUGAAAUGUUGUAAAGUGAAGAAUGUUGUCUGUUGAUACAACUGCUGUCUGAAGUUUUCUUUAUUGAUUUAUUCAAAUUUUUUUGUGUAUCUUUUUCGGUAGUUAGAUGCUUCCUGAAAAGAUUAAUUCAGAUUUAAACUUUUUUUCUCCAAAAUCAAGACUUAAUACAGGUAAUAAGGUGUUUCAUUUUCAGCUUUCUCUUAUCACUUGAUGUCACAGUAUUUAGUGAGAAAAUUCCCAUGGACGUGUAAGAGAAAGUUUGAUUGUAACUCAUUGAUUAUGUAGAGGAAUGUUAGACACUAAUAGUCACUAAUAUAAUUAUGUUUAUACAGUUGCGUAUAAAGCAGUACAUUCAUAACCCAGUCUUAUUUUACAUGAAUCUUUGGCAAAUUAGAACUAGUAACAAUAACAAGAUGUUAACCUAUGGAAGAAAGGCUGAGCCUGUCGUGAGGGAGUUUCUGCUAUGUGGUUUCCAGGAUCAAUAUCAGCACAAAUUAAUAAAGACUAGUCUUUAUUACUUCUUGAUUUCAGAAAGAGGAAGAAUCUCAUUUUAUAUUGACUUACACCCAUUUAUUACAAUAACUUAUGUGAGGUGGCAGCAACUCAGAAAUAUUUCACAACUCUUUACUCAUAUUUUGAUUCAUAUCAGUAUUUGCCCCUUUACCCUGAUCUCCAUCCCAGAAAUGACAUAGCAGACGUAUCUAUUAUUGAUGUUUACUUGAGGCAACUUCCAUAAUUAUACAUGUAUUAUCAAUCAUAAUUUUACCAGUUUCAGCUGUGAUCAGUGCAAAUGCGAAUGAGAAUUUGGUUUACUUUUCCAAAAACCUACCGUUGUUUGCUGAACUUUGUGGUUACAUCUUUAAUCUUUUACAAUGUUAGCAUCUCUUCCUACAGCUGACAAUAUCAUGCUAUGCAGUAUUUUUUGAUGGGAGUUUUCAUUAUCUUUGCAAGUCAAUGGUGCUAGAUUAGUAUAAGGUAUUAUCAAUACCCUUUUCGUGUUUAAGUAUUAUCAUCGCACAAUAACCCCAACAAUAAUGUUUUGGAGGAUGAUACGUCAGCGCCACAAAAGGCAGAAGUGUAUCAAUAAAAUAUCAAUUUUCAUUAUUUUGGAUUUUUUUCAUAUUUUACAUUAGUUUUGUAGUUUGACACCAGGGUGCAGCGCUGCAGAUCAAAUUCCAUUCACAUCAUCAGUAGAAGGGUUCAACAGAGUAACAAUUUCUUCCACUAUGUCCUUUCUCAGCUGCUGAACAGUUUUCCCAUUUAUAGCUUUAUACAUCGUCAUUUCAUACAGUUUUACAAUAUCCUUGCGCUUACUUCUUAUGCCAGUCAGCUUGUUAUUACCAAUUUGCAAUGUGCCUUGCAAUGAUCUGAUCCCAAACUGUGGAUCUGACCUUUUGUAUGCCAAUUUUUCAAUCAAUAAAUGUACAUUUCACCAAA